AUGUCAGAGAGUGGGGCUGUCAAGCGACCGAGUGGUGCAGGUGGGGCGGGUGGGGCGGGUGGGGAGGGUGGGGUGGGGUUUGAAGUGGGUGAGUUUGCGAGUUUGGCUACCGUUCAUGAAGCUGAUGGGGCUGUAGCAGCAGAGGCUGUAGCUGAUGGCGCUGAUCGAGCAGCCGGAGCAGGCGGAGCAGCUGGGGCAGGCGGAGCAGGAAGAGCUGGAGGCGGGGGUGUUGCACUGGGGGAGAGCACAGCAGGGGUGUCGUUGUUCUCCUCUGCUUCUCUUGCUGCCUCUCAACCCCCGGUGAGCCCGCGUCCGUUAGGCCCCACUCGCCCCGCCAUGGAGCAACGACAGCAGCAGCAGGGGCAGCAGCGGCAACAAACAGCGCAGGGAGUGGGGGCAGGAGGAGCAGGAGGAGCGGGGCAGAAGCAUCAGAAGCAGCACCACGGCAAGUACAGCAGUGGUCGGCCUCCCCCAGUGACCAUCCACAACCCCACCGUUGCACAGGGGCGGGCAUUGAGCAAGUCUACCAGCGAGCCUGGGUGGCGCCUGGAGGACGUGUCCAUGCGCUCGCCUGUCUCCCCCCGAAUGCUCCCCCCGCCGUACCCCCAUGGGGUUGCGUCGUCUCCUAGGCAAUCUCACCCGUUCCAGCAUAACCUGCAGCAGCAGCAGCUACAACAACAACAGCAGCAGCAGCAGCAGCAGCAGCAGCAGCAGCUACAACAACAACAGCAGCAGCAGCAGCUACAACAACAACAGCAGCAGCAGCAGCCGUUUAUGCAGCUACACGAGGUGCUACAGGCACAGCAGUCGCCUGGGUGGUUCUCUCCAGGGGUGAACCCGCGCCAACAAGGCCGCUCCUCCCUGCUGUCUCCCUCUCACAUCCCCCUCUCCCCCACCUCAUCCAGCCUUCGUACCCCGCGAUUUUCUGCUCUCAAUUCACCAUCCUUGUCUGCUUCUGCCACCACCACCACUGCUGAUGCCUCUGCUUUCUCUCCCGCUGCUCUCACCUCACCUCGUCCCCUUGCUCCCGCUCCCGCUCCUUCUUCUACUGCCGCCGCUGCUGCUGCACCCAGCCCCAGUGGAGCAGUAGCGAGCGGGCACAGCAGUGCGAUGGCAGCGAGGCUGCAGGGGGGAGUGGCGGGGCUGCGGAGGCUGCGCAAGGCGCUCACAGCGCCCGCACAGGACCUGGCAGAGGAGGAGCAGGAGGAGGAGGAGGCAGUGACGCUGCUCAAGAGCGGCAACCUGCCCUGGAACCACAGCCCUGUCGCGUUUUCCGUGCAUGCCUCCGCUGCUGCUCCUGCUGCUGCUGCUGCCGGUGCUGGUGGUGCGGGUGGUGUGGGUGGUACAGGUGGAGAGGGUGGAACGGCAGCUGAGCCGGAUGAUUCUGUUCCCUGUCUCAUGCACUCCAACUCUAUCCACCUCAGCCCUGGGCAGCGAGCAGCUGCAGAGGCUGCCGUUGCAGCUGCGGCUGCCACUGCCGCUACAGCCGCUGCUUCUGCUGCUGCGGUUGUGAAGCCUAUGUGGCCUCCGUCGCCUUCUGCUGCUGCUAUUGCAGCUGGUCGUGCAGUUGAUGCGGACGGGGCAGCAUGCAGCAGCGGUGGAGGCAGGGCGAGGCGUGCCCACUCCAUGUCCUUCUCAAGCCUCUCUGCUGCUCUGCCUGCUCAUGCCGGAGGUGGGGCAGCAGGGGCGGGCGCAGGGGCGGUGGGAGGGAGGGCGGGGAAUGCAGCGGGGUAUGAUCCCAUGGCUCUGGGUCUCGUGUCCCCUGCAGGCAAAGGCCCUAUGUUUCACCGCACGUGGACCGACCCUGCUGAACGAUCGAAUAAGGUGCUUGCUGCUAGACGGGCUGUCUCUGGAGCUUCUGCUGCUGCCGCCGCUGCUGCUGGUGGUGCUGGUGCUACUUCUGGUACUGGUAGUACGGCUGGUACGUUUUCUGGUUUUGCAUCGCAUGCUGCCGCCAGCGGUGAUAUUAGAGGAGGUGGAGGAGGGGUAGGACCCGGACCCGUGCAGGUGGUAUCAUCAUCAGCAUCAUCAGCACAGCACCUGUCUCCUCGUGCUGCAGCUGCUUCUCUCGCGUCACCACACGCACCACAGUCGCCAUCUGCCUUCCCGCAACAACAACCCCACCCGCUGCUGCACCAGCCCUCACAAACCCACCCCACACCAUCAGCACCACCAGGGGCAACAGCAGCAGCAGCGGCGGUUGGGGCCACGUUAAGUCCAACGAACGCCCGGCGAGCUGCCUUUCGCAAGGCGCGCAGCGUGCCCAAGCGCCUGCUCAGCGAAGUCAGCGGCUUCGGGUCCCCCGCAGGCUCCCCUGGUGUGGCGCUCUCCGCUUCCCCCCUUGCCCUCCGCCCCCCCAGGGCUGGGAUUAGUGCAGACGGGACGAGGGCCAGCCGCAUGGUGGGGGGAGGCGCAGGGGGGGGCGCAGGGGGAGGAGGGGGAGGUGGUGGUGGUGGGGGAGGUGGGAAGGGAAGAAGCGGGAGGAGAGGCCCAUUGGAUGUGCAUGCAGAUCUGUCAAUCCUUCAGGAGCUUGAGCUGCCGAUUUUCUUCCAGAAUGGAAGGCCAGGAGCAGGGAAGGGAGGCGCUGGGGGGCGGAACGGGGGAGGUGGAGGACGAGGAGGCGGAGGGGCAGCAGUGGCAACGAUGGCUGUGGCAGGGGUAGCGGAGGGGGUGGGUGGGGCGAGCACAGUGCAUCUGAACAGGCGGGGGUACGCGCACCGAGUGUUUCGCACGCAUAACUUCCCGCUGUCUGUGGGGGCUGUGCUAGGGGCGGUGUCGGACCAUAAUGACGCUAUCACUGUCACCCCUGCCUCGCCCAAUGCUGGCAACUCUGCCCCCAUUGCGUCCCCUUGGACCCCCCCUUCUGCUCAUGCAGCUGCUGCUGGCGGUGGUGGUGGUGGUGGUGCUGGUGCUGGUGCUGCUGCUCCCUCUGCUUCCUUUCCUCAGCACUCCUCCUCGCCUUCCACUCAGGCAGUGCUCUCGUCACCCUCUCCACCCGUCACUCCUCCCAUUCUCGCUCCUGCUGUCUCUUCAGCAAGCUCAGGAACACAGGUGGGAGGGAGAGCAGGAGGCGGCGCAGCGGGCGCAGCAGAAGGGCCAGGAGCAGCAACCGCAGCAGCAGCUGUGGGUAUGCCAGCAGGGUUUGCGUUCCUGCCUGACAGGAGGAACACAGAGUCAAUCGACACAGCAGCCGCAACCGCAACAGUACCUGAAACAUCAGCAUCAGCUGCAGCAGCUGCGCUUCCUGCGUUUUUGGGCAGGGGACCGGUAGGAGGAGGAGGAGGAGGAGGAGGAGGAGGAGGAGGAGGAGGAGGAGGAGGAGGAGGAGGAGGAGGAGGAGGAGGAGGAGGAGGAGGAGGAGGAGGAGGAGGGGCCCUAGCAGGGCCACCACCAGGCAGUCUGAUUCGUAAGCUGUCGCUCUCGCUCUCGCCUCUGCUCAUCCCACAAACCGACUCCGUGGAUAGCAAUGAAGGGGGUGCUCCUGUCCCUAUCGCUGUUCCAGCCACUCAGGCGUCCACUGCUGCGGCUACUGCUGCUGCUGGGGAUACUUACGGUACUGGGGGUACUGGGGGGGUACCUGUAACUGCUGUUCCUCUGGAAGCGUUCCCAGCAGCGGCAGGCAGCAGUGCAGCAGGAGUAGUGCCUUCCCCAUGGCUCCCAGUGGCCUCUCCCCGUCCCAUGCCCUCCAAGGCACUCGCCCCUCGCACCCCUGCCGCCACCACUCCCACCCUUCCCACCGCCACCACCCCCACCUUUGGAAGCCAAACCGCGAGCAACAGCAACAGCGGCGGCGGCGGUGGCAGCAGCAACACCCGGGGAGCGGGAAGCUGGGGAGAAUCAACAGCUUCUACUAGUGCCUUUGCUAUGGGUAUGCUGAGUCCGAUGUCUGGCGGCAGGGGAAGGGGCAUGGGUGCAGGCCGGGGCAGCAGAUUUGUCUCACACUCCAUCUCCCUGUCCCCCUCCUCCUCUUCUACAGGGCGAGUCAGCAGCCCUGUACUGGGGAGUGCAGGAGCAGCAGCAGCCGCAGCGCACAACGCACAGCAUAGAUCCAACGGGCCUCCCAGUCCCAUGGGGUCAAUGGGGUCAAUAGGGUCAAACGGGUUCUCAAAUGGGUUCUCAAGCCCGCUGGGGUCAAUGGGGUCAGCUAACGGGCCUCUCAGCCCGCUCCGCUCCAUGGGGAGUCUAGGUCUGAUCAGCCCCAGAGGAGGCGGCGCAGGAGCAGCAGCAGCAGCGGCAGGCAUAGGUGUGAGCCACCUCAUGCGGCAUGCGUCUGUGGGCGCAUCAUCUACCACUGCGCCCCUGGGUCUUAUGAGCCCUGUGGGUGGCAGGGGCGGCGGCCGUCUCUUCAGCCCAGUGCUUGCAGGACCGCACGGGGCCGGCAGAGGCCGAGGCGGAGUGCCGCUGGGGGCCGCAGGAACAGCAGCAGCAGCAGCAGCAGGAGGAGGAGGAGGAGGAGCAGCAGCAGGAGGGGCAGCAGCAACAGCAGGAGCAGGAGGGGCAGGGGCAGGGGCAGCGGCAGGGAAGUACCCUCGGUUCCCAUCGGAGGGCGGGCAGCAGUCAGCAGUGGCAGCACUGGGUGCUCUCAGCGGUCUCCUGAGCCCCCGUGGAGCCGCAGGGCUGGUCCCCGCACACAGCCUCCCUGCCAAGUCCCGCCUCCCCCAGCAUGGAUCGCUCUUAUGGGGCAUGCCUGAUUCCGCUUCCCUGUCUGCAGUCCCUGGUGGCGGGGGUGGGGGUGGGGAUGAGACGACGGGGGGGUUUGCGGGGUUUGAGGGGGCCUUUGGGGGGAGCGUCGGGGAUGGGGAUGGUUGUGAGCGGGUGUCUACUGGUGGAGGAGCAGAGGAUCUGUAUUCUGAGUCGGGAUCGACUGCAGGGGACGGCACAGGGGGAGGCGGAGGGGCAGCGGGAGGGGGAGGAGGGGGAGAGAUGGGAGGGUUGAGUGAGGAUGGUGUGGGAGCGGGUGAGCUGCGCACAGCAGCAGGGAUAGUGCGGGAGAGGGAGGUGGUGCGAUCCGAGAUUCUCGUAGUGGACUAUUUCGACAGCGAAUCAGACACUUCUGUAGCCAACUCCCCCUCUAUCGCCAGCAGCCGCGCUUCCACUGCUUCGGAAGCAGCUUCUGGGGCUGCUGCUGCUGCUGCUGCUGCGACUGCUGCUGCUGCUGCCGCAAUCAGAAACGCUUUUGGCGGCCAUGGCAAUGGGUUUAGCGUCAGUGGCAGCCCAGACAGUCCAGCGUCAGUCAAUUCGAGCACAUGGGGUGGUGGGAGUGGUGGCAGUGCUGGCAGCGCUAGGCAUGGCAUGGGCAUGGGCAUGGCAUCAACACCCGCUGCCAGCAGCAGCAGCAGGCGUCUCUUCCCACUCUCUGCAUCCGCCUCCUCUGCUGCCUCUGCUGCGCAGCACCCCAUUCCUCUGGGCUCCAGCACUCGCUCGCUCUCCAUGCCCUCCCACCCUGCUGACACCCCCAGCACCCCAUCCACCCCGCCGGACACAGCAGCCUUUUCCAUGGGACAGGCUGAACCCACUGCCAGCAGCAGCAGCAGCAACACUGGUGGUGCUGCUGGUGGCGCUGGUGGCGCUGGUGGUGGGGUUGGCAGCAACACUGGUGGUGCCGGCAGUGGUACCGGUGGUGAUGGUGGUACUGGUGAUGGUGAUGGGGGUGCAAGCAGCAGCAUGAGUGUGAAGGGCGCACAGGCAGACCCCCCCUCCUCGCCUUUGGUCCAGGGCAAGAUGAACAUGAUGGGGUGUGGGCCUCCCUUGGGGGUCUUCCGAUCACCCGCCGUCACUUCCUCUGUCUCUGCUGUGCUACGCCAUGCAAGCAAAAGCAGAGGGGGGCUGGACCAGUUCCCCCAGCAGCAUCAGCAGCCGGAAGGGGAGGCUGAGGGGGAAGGUGAGAAGGUUGUGAGUGGCAGCAGCAGCAGUUUGGGGGGCGUAGGCAUGGGGGACACGAGUGGAGUGAGAGAGGAUGGGGAGGGGACAGGUCGAGGGGAAUUUGAUGGUGGAGCGUCGGCAGCUGGGGAAACAGUGGAGAGAGUAGGGGGUGUAGGAAAGGAGGAAGGAGGAGGGGGCGGAACAGCAGCAGCAGCAGCAGCAGGAGGAGGAGGAGGAGGAGGAGGAGGAGGAGGAGGAGGAGGAGGAGGAGGAGGAGGAGGAGGAGGAGGAGGAGGAGGAGGAGGAGGAGGAGGAGGAGGGGGGGGGGGGGAGGAGGAGGGGGGGGGAGGGGGAGGGGGAGGAGGCAAGGCAGGAGGCCAUAAGCAGUCGCACUCACGGUCGGGAUCGCUUAUGGAAGGGGUUCGCAACUGGGGAAGAUCCAAGCGACUUCUUUGCACCGUCGAUCCGGACUUCGCGCCGCGCGUUCACUUGGGUCGUUUUGUUUCUAUCCGUACGAUGGCAUCGGAGUCCGUCCAUCGCCACGCGGGGAUGAUCGAGCUGGACUUGCCUCUCCCUGACGUCAUCACUGCGACGGAUGCGGUGGGAACUUCGGCGAUAUCCACGCUUGCCGCAGGCCCAGGGAGCGUCAAACCCGUCUCCGCCGCCGAAGCAGCAGCAGCAGCAGCCGGCAUGUUUCUUGCCAAUACUCCUGCCGUUGUCACUGCGUGCGGCGUGCAUGUGUGCGCGUGUUCGGACUACAAGGAGGCCAUUUACGACCUCGCGAAUGCGAGCUGGAGGCAGCUCGGGGACGUUUGUGUCAUGAACAACCCCUCCAACUCCAUCUCUGCGCGCUCCCAAGCUCUGCUCGAGAAGCGCGCCGAUGAUUCCGAGGUUCUUCUUUCUGGUAAAACUGCUGCGCAGGUCAACCAGCAGCACCUGCCCCAGCAGCAGCAGCAGCAGCAGCAGCAGCAGGAGGAGCAGGCGCAGGAGGAGUUUUCGUUUUUCCAGUUCCCCGUCGUGCCCCAGCGCACCAUGUCCCUUCCGCUCGUGGAUCGUCCCCGCCUCGGGGAAGUUUCGCCCCUGGGAAACGACGGCUGGGUUGUGACGGGCGUUGCGGGAGCUGCACCCGACUGGCGCGACAUGUCGGCUGCGGAGGAGGUGCGCUGCGCCGCGAUGCGCGAGCAGGGUUACUGUCUGUUCGCCAGGGGCGGCGGCGUGUGCUCCCCUGGCGGCCUUGGCGGGUUCUCCGUACCCGUGCAGUGA